AUGACGAAAACGAUCGAGCUAACGACAAUCGGCGACGAGCCGCUUACGCAGACGUUGCCACUGGCCAGCGCGGCCGGAGAGCUGUUGACGGUGGCCACGCUGCGAGCCGCGGCGGCCGCGCUGCUGGCCAGUGAAAAUGAACAGAACUUCUUGCUGCGCUACACGGACUCGGACGGUGACGAAGUGACCAUCGCCCACGACGGGGACGUUAAGGAACUGGCCAAUUACAUGGCCGACGAGAAGCUGGACAGCGUAACGGUGUCGGUGGCGACGCAGCAGCCGGCCGGCCGUCGCGCCGCCAGCGCCGUGCAGACUCAACUUCGCGGCCUGGUAACUGCCAUGUCUAAGCUGACGACGGCCAAGCCCAAGCAGCCCACGCCGGCCAACGCCAUGAACCUACUGGUGGCCAGUCUACAAACGAUGGACGUGGCCGAGGAUUCGGAGGAACUGGCCGCGGUUAAGCAGCAACUGCUCGACGUGUUGGAAGAUGAAGAGUUCAAGAAGGCGGUGGAGGAGCUUUGCGCCUCUGAAGAAUUCCAGGACCUGGCCGGCGUUAUGGUGACAGCCAUCUAUGCAGAAGACGCGCAGGCCAUUGAAGAGACGGUCAUGGCCCGAUUCGACGAGCUGCUGGUGUUCGCCCAACGCUUAGUGGCCCGCUGUCCGACGCUCAAGCCAACCAUGAUCAACGUGGUUAAGAGCUGCAUGAGUGGCCUGCAGCAGCGACGGGGUUGA